CCAAUGGGCGGAAGGCAUAAGUCCCAUGAGGCUCGGAGGAAGCCCGCGGCUGACAAAGAGGCCUUUUAUUCCCAGUAGAAUCAGAUCGCACAGAUGCAGGCAUAAGCCGACAUAACUUUAGGAAAAUCUCCAAACUUAACACAACAAGUGAAGUGAUCAACCAUUUUGACGUUUAUCGGCUUGUCAAUCCAGGACAGUGUCAUGUCGUCUGCAGGCGCUUCUGUUUCGGAAAUGUGGAGAAAAGAAGGGAAUCAACAUUAUGUUUCCGUUAGAGAUUCUCUGACUCCAGACUUGCGUCGUCAGCGAUUGCUGUCAGCCCUGAAAUGCUAUUAUAAAGCGAAUGAUUUUAGCAACACUGCUGUAGAACGUUCCUCUGCUGCCAAAAACACUGGCAUGGCAGCAUGGAAACUCGCGGUCGUUUUACGGAUUUGCAACGAGAGGUUCUCCCUGCAGCAGCAUUACUUCAAAGAGGCAAUACAGCAUUUUAACCUGGGAAUAACUAGUGGUGAACCAGUACAGUCCGAGGAUUGGGUGAAGAAAGUGACAGGGAUGUUGUUUUCCUGCACUCAGGAGGCUUUGCAAAAUUGUGGAAAUCUGGAGACAGACCAACGUGUGCAAGCCAUAGAGGAGUACUUAAAUUAUUUAUCGCCAGAUCACCCAUCUCCAAGAACGGACUGCUUCAUCGAGAUUGCAAAUGUACUUUUUAGAGCUGGAAUAACUUCCCUUCAAAUUGGUAACUACAAGGACUGUUUACAACGUAUGCACCAGUGUUAUCAGCCUAUAGAAGAGGGGAAGCGCAGUGCCAGAGAUGGUAUAGACCUGCUUCAAGAGUUGCAGAUUUUAGAAAAUGAUGUCUUCAUUCACACGUGUGUGUCUGAGUCCAUUCAAGCAAGGACCACAGGUGAUGAAAUACUUCAAGGUAUUCUACUAAAUGAGGAAGACCUCAACAUCUCCAUGAUCUGGGAAGUGGUGGACUGGUAUAGGAGGGCAGUGCUGCUAACAAGAGAGCUUGAGGUUGAAAUGGAAGCUAUUGCUCUGAGUCGCAUUGGUAAAGUGUUUGACAAGGUGCUUAAGAUGAAAGUCAAGGCCAAGGAAAGCUAUAUGAGAUGCAUUCAUCUGGCCUUGUCCAUGUAUCCAAGAACAUUCAGUGAUCAAGACUGGUAUCAGGAGGCCAACCAAACAUUGGAGCAAUACCAACAGGAGGUCCAACAACAGGAGGAUUAUCUCUGGCAGAAAGAGAGAGCUGAAACACUGAAAGAACUGACAGCAGAAAUCAAACAGCUAGACCAGAAGGAAAAUGAAUACCAUACAUCUUUCUUGCAGUUUGUGUACAAGACCUUCCCACCUAAGAAUCCAAAGUUCGGGCUUUCAGAGGAAGCUAAAAAAGAGAAUGCUUAUCUUGAAAGUAGCAAGGUCAAAAAACUCCUCCAGCAGGCUGUUGUACACUACCAUCCUGAUAGACAGAAACAAUAUAAUGAUAAGAAAUGGCUGGUUCUGAGCGAAGAGAUCACCAAAAGGCUGACAAAGCGCUAUGAACAAACGAAGUGAAGUAAAGUUGCAUUAAUGAAAUUUGCUGUAGAUCGAUUAAAACUGAGGUGCUGAAAUCAUCAUUUAGUAUAAAUAUGUUGCUGACUAGCUGAACAUUUUUAACUGUUGGACACUUAGAUUUACAGAAAGGUGAUAAGGUUUGAGUGGAACUUCGUUUAGGUACCGUUAUCACUAUGCUGUUGGGUGAAGCAUUAGAAAAGGUCACUGUUGUGACAAACAACAUGGAAAGCUUGAUCAUAUAGUCAAAAUUGUUGUACUUUCCACAAUUUAUCUUGUUUAAAACAUUGGAUAGGUGCUUUAUACCGGUAGUUGGACAGCUUAGUUGUGUUUUAGUGUCCAAAUAAAUAUGCAUUUUAUGAACCUGGUAUACUAUAACUCUUAACUUAGUUAUUAGUGGUAGAUGUGGAGUACAAGCACCCAUUUUUGUGGUGGCUUUUUGUGCCAAAAGCAAUAUUUAUGUUGCUGUCUUUCCCUGCCAUAUAAUGCUGAAGUUUAUCAAUCAGCUGUUAUUGCAACGCCUCUUAGGAAAAGCCAGAAAAUGGUAAAAGCAGUUCUUCUACCUUCUUAUAUCUUAAAAUGAUAUGCAGAAAUGAUGUGUAGAUGCAGAAAUUGGGUUAGCAUUGGAAAUUAUUAAAACGGUUGUUCUUUCAAGAUUUAUCUUGUUUAACACCUUUGAUGUGUAGUGUAUGUUUAGACAGUUGUGUUUUUAAUGUCCAAAUAAUUGUGUAUUUUAUUAAUCAGUACAAGAGUAAUAAUUUUAGUGUUAGGUGUAGGGGUCAAGCACCCAUUUUAGCACUGAAAACAUUGUGUUACUAUGCUUUCUGAUCAUCAGUCUUGUUUGGUUUAAAACUCGAAGUGACCCAAUAAACUUGUUUUAGAAUCA